AUGAACAUCGUGCACUUACGUACCCUUUCUCGUGUCGAGAUUCAGAAGCUGGCUAGGGCGAAUAAUAUCAAGGCGAAUCUCAAAACAACCACAAUCAUAGAACUACUCUUGGAGCGUAAUCCUCCUUCGCCUGAGCCCCAGGUUGCUGCCGACCCGGCCGGCACUACGUCCAAUCUUGUUGAUCGGAGUCGCAACCCAAGUCCCUCGAGCUCUCCCCCCCCUCCAUCUUUUACACUGCAAACACCCCGACCUCCCUCUCGGACUGCGCAUACUGCGGGUGGCCCAAGUGACAAUAACGUUACUCGCUUUCUGGCGCCACAUGUGCUCCCGGGGGUCUCGUCAUCUUUCAAUGUUGUCGAUGACAAGGAUUUUGUUUCCGAUGUAGACGAAGAUGGUCUGCAGAGUCCUAUACGUCGGGCGCGAACGCGCAGUGGUAACCCGAGUCCUCCGGCCUCCGGCCUCCCUCCCAUGAUGCUCAAAACGCCAAAAGGGCCAUCUACUCUUUCUACUCAACCCCCUGCCGCUGGAUUGUCCCCACCACGGGCGCGAUCUGCAUCUUUUGUAGCGCAGUCUAGUAGAAGCUCCAGCCCCUCUUCCAUAGCUGGCAAUGCAUCAGUGGCCUCCACGCGCAUGGUUGAAAAGAAGCGUGCGGCAAGUGAAGUACGAAUGAGUCGUAUUCCGCCCGCCUCCGAGUACGCAAGAUCAUUGAUGGAAGCAAUGAACCGCUCUUACGAGGAACAUCUUCCACUUCAACCUCAGGUUCCUGCCCCUGAAUUGGGUUCUCCUGGAUCGUCAACGCGCCCAACAAAUGGGCGGAUGCCCCUCAAACAAAUCUACAUGUCACAGCCCCGCAUAGUUGAAUCGGAACGCUCUGUAUCGGGAGCGCACACCACUCGGCCGACGUUCGGCGAGAAUCCUGCCCCGCUACUGCCCCGCCCGAGAUUCCAGUACGAGGAUCCACAGCUUGACGAGGUCCCCGCGCCACAGAAAAAGCUGGAGGAUGCAGUGGCGUCCAUAGCUGCAGUGCACCGUACCUAUCGCAAGACGUAUGCUGAGGCAGAGGCGCUGCGUGCGGAGGCCGAGGAGUGUUUCAAGGAAGUAGAAGUCCUGCGCUACCGCAUUGCGCAGGAGAAGGCGAUGCGGUUGCGCGCAAUGAAGUAUUUCGCGUGGUGGCAGAACAAGAGCCCGUGGUUUACCGAUGAGCAGCUGUAUGAUCACGAGUUUAAGACGGUGACGACUCGCGAUGGAAUCAUAAUGGAGAUCGACUCAGACGAAGACGAGGCGGAUUAUGUGGACCUCAUGAAAGCACCAGCGCGGUCUUGCGAUAGUAAGACGCAAUCAGCGCCGCUGAUACCCGAAGGCAAAGGCAAGAAGGGUCAUAAUGUUCCUGUGAAAGUAUUAAAGCAGAUGGCAGCAGCGUAUGGUGGGCCUCUGGAGAGACAGGAGUCAUUUAUUGUGCAGACCAACAGGAAGCGCAGUCGUGACCCCGCAGAACAGGAAGAACGAGCUACUUCCCCGAGAAAGCGAGCCCGCAACGUGGUUGGCCCUAAAGCUACUGGUAUUCAUAGAGGCAGGCAGACGGGGAUAUCCAUUGCUGAAGACACUCCAACAAAUCCUCAAGCUUCCGGCUCGGGUGUACCGAAAAGUACAGCUAGUAGGGGCAAGAAGAGACGUCAAGACGCUGACGAUCCCGAGACUGCGGGUGCUGAUAGUAGGAGCAGCAAGAGGGCCCGCGGGAUGCACCCAGGCUCCCCCAGCCAAACCAACCACAACACAAGAAAUUCUUCGCGAGCCGUCCAAGGAAAAGGGAAAGGGAAAAUGACCGCGUCCGAAUCGGAAAGUGAGGACGAAGAUCGCAUUGACUCAGAGAGCGUUGUGGCCAUCCUUAGCGCCAUUGUCGAGGACGGAGAGGACGAGGAGGAUGCAGGUGACGACUCCCCUAUCAAGCUUCCCCCGUCUGUCGCGCGUUCUCCACGGCACACACCUAAAGGCGCGGAAAAUCACUUGCCCCGCGCGCUGCAUCCGUCGAAAAUGAGCACGCAAUCACGCUCGGGCCGCAGUGGGAGUCGUAUCUGA